AUGGACUACUCGUACCUGAACCAGGCCGGUUUCGACGCCUCCAGCUGCUCGCUGACUGCCGCAGCCGCUGCAGGGAUGGACCCCACCGGCUUGGGCAACAUGCCCUGUUCUUACGGAGACCUCACGUCAUGCAGCCAGAUGUCCCAGGCAGCCUACCGGUACACGGCCGCCGCUGCUUCCAUGGCUAGGACCUACAAUCCUGGUGCCGGUGUGACAGGAGGAGCCGCCACUGCUGGACACAUGGCCGGCGUGGGACAUCACCAUCCGGGCGCCCCGGGUGCCCAGUGUGCUGUCAUGGGCUCCAGACCUCAUCACCAAGAGCACGUGCACCACAGGGCCCCCAUGUUCCCAUCGACGAUGAACUUACAAACGGGGCUGCCAUACAAGGUGUAUCCGGGCCACGAAGGGGUGCUGACAGAGAAGCGCAAACAGCGACGGAUCCGCACCACGUUCACGUCAGCGCAGCUCAAGGAGCUCGAGAGAGCCUUCCAGGAGACGCACUAUCCGGACAUAUACACGAGAGAGGAGAUUGCCAUGAAGAUAGACCUGACAGAGGCGCGGGUCCAGGUUUGGUUCCAAAACCGGCGUGCCAAGUUUCGUAAACAGGAAAGAUUAGCCCAGCAGAAGGCGUCCCAGUCGUCUUCAACUGGUGGCAGUAGUGGGGGGAGCUCUGCCGCCGGAGACGGUGUGACGGGAGGCGGUCAACAGCAGGUUGUAAAGAAUGAAUCAGGGAGUGCGAAGCAGGCCGGAGGAGGUUCAGCGGUAUCGGGAAAUCCCGGGGGCGGCGCCGGCAGCAACAAGGAUGUCAAACCCGGCACCCCCACUGCUACAGUGUCUACAACCCCAAGCAGUGUCUCUUCCAACAGUAAUGAUGUGAAGCCCAUGAACGGUAACGCUAAGCUCGUGGAAGACAGCGGUUCCGCGGGGGGUGCCAACAAGUGGUCCUCACAGCAGUCGUGCGGCACUCCUCUACUGGUGCAGCAGGCGGUCAGCAACAAGGUGUCGCUCACCGUCACCCAGCAACACCAACACCAACACCACGGCGGCGGGGGUGGAGGCGGCCUCAGCAACUCGGCCAUCUCUCACCACCACCAUCACCACCACGCGGCUCUCACUUCUCCUUUCUCGUCGCUUCUGGGAGCAGCAGCGGCGGGGGGCAGCCCUGCUAGCUAUCUCUUGGGGGGCCCAAGUGACCCCCUCAGCCUCAACAAAGUCGUCAACUCCGCUGCCACAGCGAACCAUCUUUUCUGAGAUUUGUCCAUCUAGGGGCGUCUUAGUGUGGCGCCAUGGGGCGUGCAUGCUUCAGAAGAAUGUGCAUGAUGAAGCAGAACAGAAGGACAGUGUUUCCCAACUCUCGUUCUCCUCACAAAAAGAUGUCAGAACCCUACAGCCUCGUAUGUAAGCUGUAGGAGAACACGGAAUUUUGUGUGUAACUCCGUUAUUUAAAUUCUGGAUUUUGAAAGUGAGAACUCUCAUCUGUUCCUUUUAUUAAAACGAGAGAAAUUCUCCUUCUCCGCCCGGAGUACGGUUGCUUUCAUUACAAAUAUAAACGGAUGCAACAGCUGAAACUUAAAAAGCAAUGACUUUAAAAUUUAGAAAUGAAUAUGUACUCCGCUAAUAGAGAGAGAAUUGAGAACCAGCAUUCGAAUAACAUCCAUCAGUUUCACAGCCCUGGUUACUGUACGUAAUGGCAAGAAUACGGAAUCAAAUUUCAUAAUAACUUUCAGAGUUCCCUAUUAGGUCCGCGGUAGGAGAGAGAGAACUAGACACCACGUGCAGCCGGAAUGCAUUCAGAAUUAUUUUCUUUUGGGGUCUGAAUUUAAAAUACAACGGUCAUGCCCCAAAUAUUUCAUUAUAAAGAAAUU